AGGUGAUGGUCCCGCGCUCUCCCUGUUGAGUCAAACUUAACACACAGACGCUGUAACAUUACAGAAGGAGCUAUAACCCGUCUCCAUGCCGGUCAGCUGACGUUUCCCCAGCCAAUGAGAAGCUGGGCCGCGCAGCGCAUUUUCAAACGCGCGUCUUCCCCACACAGGUCAGAUAAAGGCAGCGCGGGAAAGGGAAUUGGAUUCAAGCGCAAAAGCCCCUCCCCCAUUUCUCGUCGUCCCAACCUGUCUCGUGCACCCGUGUGUCCCGCCCCUUUCUCGGCGGCACACUAUUGGCCAGGUCUGCGGCAGCCUGCGCCCCGCCCCCCUGUCAGUAGCAGCCUCUGGCUCGCAUGUGUCAGUGUGUGUGUGCCCGGGGCGUGCAAGGGGCUCGGGGCAGCGGCAGAGGUGGGUGUCCGAGCUGGGGCCGUUAGCAGAGUGCGUCAUCCAUCUCUCCGCCGGGGAGCGCGGACAUGACGCCGGGAAACCGCCAGACACCUGUCACACAGCCUCCCAUAGGCAUAGUCACGGCUUAGCGACCUGGAUCCCCCUGUACGCAGCGCAGGAUGGCCGGGAGAUGCCGCAGUGAGGAUGAAGAUGAUGAUCUUCAGUAUGCAGACCAUGAUUAUGAGGUUCCAGCCCAGAAAGGUCUAAAGAAAAUAUGGAAUAGAGUAAAAUGGACCAAAGAUGAGGAUGACCGAUUGAAGAGACUAGUUGAACAGAAUGGGACAGAUGACUGGGGUUUGAUUGCUUGCCAUUUGAUGAACCGUUCAGACAUGCAGUGUCAGCAUCGAUGGCAGAAAGUUUUAAACCCUGAACUAAUAAAGGGCCCUUGGACCAAAGAGGAGGAUCAAAGGGUCAUUGAAUUGGUUCACAAAUAUGGCCCGAAGAGAUGGUCACUUAUUGCAAAGCAUUUGAAAGGGAGAAUUGGGAAGCAGUGCAGAGAGCGAUGGCACAAUCACCUGAACCCAGAGGUGAAAAAGUCUUCGUGGACAGAAGAGGAAGAUCGCAUAAUAUAUAAUGCUCAUAGCCGGCUGGGAAACCGCUGGGCUGAAAUUGCUAAACUACUUCCAGGAAGGACUGAUAAUUCCAUAAAAAACCAUUGGAAUUCUACGAUGAAGCGGAAAGUGGAACAGGAGGGAUACCUGCAGGAUGGAAAAGAGAAUGAACAAAUCUCUAAGCUGCACCAUAAUUCUUGUGCGGCCCAUGUACAUAAUAUGCAGGCACAGAACCAGUACUAUGUGCCCGUUCAAUCUCAAAUUCCAAGAUACCAUUAUAUGCCUCUCAAUGAAAACUGCAUGACGAACGUUCCGAAUUCUUUUGCGUUCAUUCAGCAGCCCUUUGUUGAUGAGGAUGACCCUGAUAAGGACAAACGGAUAAAGGAACUUGAAUUGCUGCUUAUGUCAGCUGAGAAUGAAGUCAGAAGAAAGCGAGUGUCAUCUCAGACGGGGAGUUUAUCAAGCUGGUCUGAGAGCUUUCUUAUGGAAGACAGUAUGUCCAAUACACUAAACAGUUUAGAGGAAAGAACCAGUGAGUUAUACAGUAUGGAUGACACAAAGAACCUGACUGGCCAGCUGAUCUCUCCAAGUAAGAUUUUGGCUGUGGAACCCAAUCCUGUACUCUCAUCGCUACAGACUAUCCCAGAAUUCUCUGAAACGUUGGAUCUAAUUGAAACUGACCUUACACCAUGGAGUGAUGUCACAAGUUUUAAUGCUACCACCGAGGCUACUCCUACCAAAGAGAUCUCGGCAAAGCUAGUUCCAGCUCAGUACGGAGGGUCACUGGACUGUCCACUGGACUACAGCUUGGAGCUGCUUGAGCCGGACAGGGUUAAUGAGGACAAUAAAGGGUUGAUUGCAUCUCCCAUAGUGUCAAAGUUGUGCUCCCCUCCAACGAUUCUGAGGAAGAAAAACGGGCUGAACAGACCAGCUGUUCCUAAAGGAAAGGAAGUUCUUGUUUCCAAAAAGCCCCUACUUAAAAGUACGCCAGUGAAAGCACUUCCAUUUUCCCCAUCACAGUUCUUCAACACUUGUGCUGGGAAUGUCCAAGAACAGUUCAAUAUUGAGAAUCCUUCCUACACCUCCACUCCUAUAUGUGGACAGAAGUUUGUAACCACUCCCCUACGGAAGCAAAUGGCCGCUAAUGAGGAUAAAGAAAAUAUGGGCUUUAGAACCCCCACAAUACGAAGGAAGUUACUAGGAAUGACUCCUAGAACUCCAACGCCUUUCAAGAAUGCUCUUGCUGCCCAGGAGAGAAAGUAUGGCCCUUUAAAAGUUGUGUCGCAGCCUCUCGCUUACCUUGAAGAAGAUAUUCGUGAGGUACUGAAACAAGAGACUGGGAAAGAUAUAUUUAUUAAACAGGAAGAUGAACCUGUUUAUAAAGCAGAAAAACAGCUUGUUUCAGCUGUUAAAAAAGUCAGAAAGUCUCUGAUUCUUGAUGCCUGGGAUAAAGAAGCGCUGGAUGCCCAACUAUUUUCAGAAGAUGGUGUUUCUGAUUUGCCGUCUGUCUGCGAAUGGGAAGCUGUUGUGUUUGGAAAAACUGAAGAUCAGUUAAUCAUGACUGAGCAGGCAAGACGUUAUCUUGAUAUGUACAAGGCAUCUUCCAGCUCUACGUCCAGAUCCCUAGUUCUAUGAAUGUUGGAUAUUUACCUGGAGAAUCAAAAUGCCUCCUUUUUCAAGUGCACUAAAAUAAGACUUUUUAGAACUGAUGGUACAAUGAUACUUUGUUUUGCAGCCUCACAUUAUGCAUGAAUACUAAAAAGGGAACAUUGCUUUCCCUUACAGUAAGAUCUAAUGUUACUACUUAUCUAAGCCUUUCUACCAAAAGGCCACAAUGCUUCUCUGGCUCUCCUGAAGAAUAUGCAAGAUGUCAAAAUGGCCUUCUCACUGGCUGAGAAUCAUUACACACUGACUCUUUAGCAACUCCCAUUUCAUUUUUAAAAGACAGGUUACAUGAAGGUCUGAAAUGCUUUUUCUUUGGGGUUUCUUAUGACUUUUUUUUUCUUUGGGUUUAAUUGUACAAAUGUUGUAGUGUUAAUCAAAUCUCCACCCAACUAGUAGAACAGAUGGGACCUGGUUCCUGAGAUCUCCGGGUACCUGCUGGUCUAUGAAAGCCUGGAGGAAUCUAAAGUAGACAGACUGCAUUGAACGUGGUCCGUGCAUAACCAGACCUUUAUACUGGGAAUCAAAUUUAUUUAUUUUUCCUAUUUUUGUUAUUUGUCGUGUGUGUGUUGUGUUUUUAUAUAUAUAUAUAUAUAUAUAUAUAUAUAUAUAUAUAUAUAUAUAUAUAUACAUAUACAUAUAUAUAUAUAUAUAUAUAUAUAUAAUAUUUUCUUUCUUGGUGUUCUCUUUUUAACCUCAAUGCUUUUUUUUUUCUCUUUUAAGGAAACUUUGUAACUCUUCUUUCUCUCUUGUCUUAUAUCUAAAGCAUAUCUACCUUCCACCUGUAGAAUGUAGUACAAUUCCGACAGCAAAUGUGACCUAUUUUUAAGAAUUAUCUGCAGGCUUUUUUUAUUAUAAACAUUAUAGAUAUAUUUUUUAUUAGUGUAAUAAAUAGGAAAAAAGGUGUAAGGCAGAACGGAAGUCAGCCAGUUCACAGUUCAUAUAUAUUUUUUAAAUGUUGACUUUUUUUUUUUUUUUUUUUUUUUCAAUUUAGUUGCUGUUUUGUUUUUAGUUUUUUGGGUUUUUUUGUUCUUAGCAAAAUUUAGUUACUUAUAGUAUUUUUGUAAUACAGUAGGUGUGUGUGCAGAAAGUUAUUUUUUUUUUCAAGCUUCCAGGACAUCUGUUUGUACUGUAGAUGUUUGAGUGAACAGGAAGUUGCACUACUAGGAUUUGGUAUGCUGCAUAGUAAAACAUGAAUGAGCUACAGUGUUAUAUAUUUAUAUACAAAAGGUACUUCAUGCAGAGGUAGGCGGAAUGCAGAAUUACGUUUUCCUAAUUAGAAUUUAUCAGUAUUUUAAUUCUCAAGCAGAGAAUUGUACUAUGUUUGAAUGUAAUGUACAGAGCAUAGGUAAAAGGAAAUAUUGUUCCUUACGAUCUCUUUAUUUAUUUGAUGCUUGCAAGUCAAAGUCUGUUUUUAAAUGUAUACGUAGGUUUUAUAGAAGCCAAAAUGAUUUCCUGUUUUUAUUGUAGCAUUUGCUGACUUUGAUUCAUUAUUUUAUUUUUUUUUCUUUAAGGAACAACUACACCUAAAGUACAAGUUGGUUUACAUAAAAGAUAUUCAGAAUCACAAAUAUACAGGGAAGCCACCUCCCCCCCCAUUGAUGGAACUCCAAAUAGUUAUAUAUUUUAUUUGGGGUGUAGUAGGGUAUGCCGGGCUCCCGGCGACCAGCAUACCGGCGCCAGAAUCCCGACCGCUGGAAUACCGACAGCUGGGCGAGCGCAAUUGAGCCCCUUGCGGUUUCGCUGCCAUCGCCACGCUGCGGGCACGGUGGCGCGCUAUGCGUGCCACGCUAUCUAUUCUCCCUCAAGGGGGGUCGUGGACCCCCAAGAGGGAGAAAAGAUGUUGGUAUGCCGGUGGUCGGGUUUCCGGCGCCGGUAUGCUGGUCGUCAGGAGCCCGGCCGCCGGCAAACAGAAGACCACUCUUUUAUUUGGAUUUGCCAGUCAUCUCUGUACCAGCUAUUCUGUAAUCGGCUAUCUCUGGCAGAGGCUGAGGGUCUUUCCAUGGGAUUUCUAACAGGACCUGUCCUAGUACAGAGUUAAAUAGCUUCUGCCACCACUAUAACAUAACUUCAUCUCAAAUCUAUUUUCGUCUGAUGAGCUGUUGCCGGCCACACUUUCCUAUUUUCAUGGAUUAGCCCAGUAUCACCGUGUGUGGCACUUAAGUAUGCAGUGUGUAAGGAUGAUCUGUCAAAAUUCCUUGGAUCAAUCAAGAACAUAUCUCCUAAAUGCAGUGUCCCAUGACUGUUAUCCCCCUGUGCUGCAGUCUGAUGACUAAUACUGGAUCAUAUAAGAUCCUACUGCUUGUCUUGAUUACUGAAUGCAUGUGUACAGCAUGUGGCCAGAUGGAAAGUUCAUCAUUUCAGUCAGUAAUUGGUCUGAGCAGCAAUUUCAGCCUAUUUGUAGUUCGCUUUAAACAGCAGUCAAUCAUUAUUACUAGUAGUCUUUUCUCUAAUCCAACUUGUAUUUUAUACCUACUGUCCUUAAAAUGUUUGUCGCUAUUCAGACAAUACUGCCACAUAUCCUUAACCUAUUUCCAUUUAAUAAGAGUGACAGUCAUACAUUAUAUGCCAGGGUUGUAACAUUCUUAUCUGCGUGGCUAGUACUGUAACCGAGCACAACUUAUACUCAUGAGACCAAUAUGACAUGUUGCACUAUAUUUAAAUCAUGUAAAUGAAAGCAUGCAAGCAGUACCACCUUUUAAUGUGAUUGUUGGGUAUUUCUAAAGCGGCCAUGUCUUUCAUGUACAGAUGAUACAAUACAUGUGUUCUUGAGCAGUCUCUUCAAUUUGCAAUGCACUGUCUCAGACCAGUUCUAGCUAACCAUAUGCAGAGGUGUUUAAUGCAGUUGCUCUUUCCAAGCUUUGCACGUCUAAAAUAGGUAUCAUAGUUGCUUUUUGUGCCUAUUCCUAGGUAUUUGCACUUAUAAUUUAUUUCUCCAUGUUUGUUUUGAAGGAAGGUUUUUGCUUGUAAUGUAGAGAAUUUACUGUAUAGUAUAAUGGUGCGCUUGGCUACUUAUUUACUAACUGGUAAAUAGUGCUGCUCUGUAGUGUCCGGGGGUUUGUCUUUGUUUUAUUUAUAUAUCCAAGUUCCUCUCCAUUUUCAAGAUGUGCCGCUAUACGUGACGGCAGAAUCAGCUUGCUGCUACUGAGAUGGAAUAAAAGCAUUACAUGCAGUGUACAAAGAUUGUAACAAUAGUCGCACAUUCCCAAUACAAUAAGAAGGGCUCAACCAAUACCAUCAAUUUCAAUGCUUCACUUAAACUUGGCAAAAUACCAAGUCAUAUAUUACAGGGGACAGCGGCUGUAAUUCAUUCAGAUUGGAGGUUUUACAACUAUAACAUAUUUGUCUGUUGUGAUGAAUGAGUAUUGGGAGCAAGCUCCUGAGCUGAAAAUUGCCCUGAAAGUAACUUCCAAAUUAAUGUUAUUUUAUAUAAUCUAAAAUUACUAGUCAAGCCCAACGAACCAAAUUUGACCAUGGUAGUAUUCUGAAAGUAUGGUAAUUCCAGUAUAAUCUGAUAUGUUUCAUACAGAUCCUCCUUGCUUUUCUUCUCUUUAGUUAAACUACAGUAGGAGUCCCACAAACAAAUUGCACAUCAAGUUCAGAUCUUCACAGUGCUUUCCCCUUACAAAGAGUUAAAUUAUUCUCAUCAAAUGUGUUAACUCCUAAUUUAACUUGAGCCAUGGCCUUUGUUAUAAAUCCAAAGACUGUUCCGUGCAGCAAAAAUGUAGCAAAUUUGUAAUUUGAAGUAAUUGACAAAAAGUCUACUACUUACAUACUAAGGAUUAACGCAUGGAGGAAUGUGCUGUAUUUCUAUAUGAAAUAACUGUUUCCCUGUGGUACUGGUUGAGAACUUCUAAUUUGCUGAUUAUUCAUUUAAAAUAAACAAAAAACAUUUUUAUUCUUAGUAAACACAUUUAUAGUAUUCUGUUGUCCCUCUGCAGUGACUUGUUUUUAUGGCUUUGUUUGAUUUUUGUAUGUAUUCCUUUGUGUUGUACACUACAUACCUUACUAUAUUUAACUGUCAAACAUGCAUGAACAUUUUUAAAGUAGAAAUUGUUUAAGCCAUGUAUUCUAGUCGGACAAUGGAUGGUCCUGGUCAGAUUCACUAAUUCAUCCUCAUUAAUCACAAAGCAAUUGCUGUCCAGGCUUACUAAACACUAGGCUAUAGGCCUGCUGAGUAUAGUCAUGCAUUUGUCUAUUACAAUAUUGCUCCAUUUCAUGCGCAGUACACUUUGUUUGCCAGUAUGACAAAAUAAAAAAUUAUUUUAUAAAA